ACUGGUGCCUCCUUUCCCAGAGACCCCAUCUUCCUGGGCCAGGCACCACUUGGCUUCUGCUUCUCCUUGAUCUCCUGGGGCAAAAGCAGCACCUGCUCCAUCAUGGUGGGCUCCUGUACUGCACAACCUACCGGAUCAGAUCAUCCAGGAUGCAGCAGAUCAGCUUAUUCAUCCCUUUCCUACAAGAGGCAUCAAAGGAGCACUCAGGAGGGCGCCCUCAGCCAGGUCCAUAGCUGUGCUCGGUAGCUGAGCCAGCUCUCAUUAAUCUUUACAGUUUGGGUGUGGCAGGAGGGUGGAGGUGCUAGGGCUCCUGGGCACCAGAGCACAUGGAAUCCUGAGAGGUGUGGCUGCCUGCAAUGGGGGCCCUGCAUGGCAGAGCUGUCUCUGUACCUCCACAACCCCAUGACACUCAUUAAAGGGGCUAUAGCUGGGGGAGAAGUUCAGCCAUGUGGGAGGAGAGGUGAUGCUGGGCUCCAUUCCCAAUCUCUCAUGGCUUGGUGCAUAGCCAGCAUCCACAUUACCAAAGUAUCCUACCAGGGAUCAGGGCGCGUUCCCGUGGCACUGGCAAUACCUCUGUCACAUGUGAUUUGGGCUGGACUUUGCCUGAUGGGGCACUGUGGACUUUGUCUGAUGGGGCACUGCCCCAGGCACAGUCUUGACACCGGAUCCAGUACUGCCUCAGGCACAGUCCUGGCACAGGUGCUAGCCAGUUCGGAGGUUGUGAAGGCUACCAGCAGGGAAGACAGCCAGUGCUGUGUGGACCCACUGUCAGCCAUGGAGCAGGAAGAUGCAAUCAGGCAGGAGCUGGGAAGCCUCCAUGGCAUCCCCCUCUACAAGAGCUUCAUUGAGGGCUGGCCGCAGGUGAAGGCUUUCCAAGCACGUCCAGACGACCUGCUCAUCUCCACUUACCCCAAAUCAGGCACAACGUGGCUGAGCGAGGUCAUGGACAUGAUCUACCACAAUGGCGAUGUGGAGAAGUGUCGACGGGAUGCCAUCUACAACCGUGUGCCCUUCUUGGAGUUGAAGGUCCCCAAGAUGUGUGGCGUUGACCAGCUGGAGAACACCCCAUCCCCACGGCUGGUAAAGACCCAUCUCCCGGUCCAGCUCCUCCCGACCUCCUUCUGGGAGAAGGACUGCAAGAUUAUCUACAUGGCCCGCAACCCCAAGGAUGUCGUCAUCUCCUACUACUACUUCCACAAGAUGGCCAAGAUACACCACGACCCUGGCACAAAGGCUGAGUUCUUGGAGAACUUCAUGGCCGGCAAAGUGCCAUAUGGAUCCUGGUAUGACCACGUGCGUGGAUGGUGGGAGAAGAAGCAGGAGAAGAAGAUACUCUACCUCUUCUAUGAGGACAUGAAGAAGGACCCACGGCAGGAGGUGCAGAAGAUCUUGCAGUUCCUGGGCAAAGAGUUGUCAGAGAGAACAGUGGAGAGGAUCCUGCACCACACCUCCUUCCAAGAGAUGAAGAAGAACCCUGCUGCCAACUAUGAGACCAUGCUCCCCGCCUUGAUGGAUCACAGCAUCUCCCCCUUCCUCCGGAAAGGGAUCUCUGGAGACUGGAAGAACCACUUCACUGUGGCCCAGAAUGAGCGCUUUGACCUGCACUACCAGGAGCUCAUGGCAGGCUCUGACCUCCACUUCCAGAUGGAAGUGUGAGGGGCUCAUCUCCCUUUCCAGGAGGACUGUGCUUCUUGCUCUCCCAGUGGGGAGGAUGGAUCCACAUGGAGAUGCUUGCACCAAUUCACUUUUCCCCCUGCAAUAAAUUGUGAUAAAUGGAA